CUCUUUAAGAAGAGGAGGCAGGCUGUCCCUACAAGGCAGGCUACAGGAACUGCAGCUGCUCACUUCUGUGCUGUGUGUGUGUAUAUUGAGCUGCAGAGGGACAGGAGAGCAGCCUGUCACUGCACUGCAGAGCCCCUUCCUGUGAGUGCAGGACAGAGGGGGAUCUAUGCUGCAUUCUCUGCAUCAGACUGUUAUGUAAUCCUGAUACAGCAGGGCAUUUAUCCUGGGACAGCAACUCCUUGCAGCACAGCUGCUCACACUGCACCACUGCUGGGCUCCUCUAUAUGCUCCAUGAGUUCAUCCUGCACAGUGACAUGGAAUAGACCGGUUAUGGGCUGCAAGUGACCUUACAGAAUGAUUACUCGGUCCAGACUGGGACCUUCCCACAGCCCUUGAGGACCUGGCUGAAGCUGAAUUGGUAAGCCUGCCGAGAGAGGGAACUCCCUGCAGGGAAAUGACUAUGAACCUUGGCUGGGGUCCUAAUGCACACGCAUAAUUCUCAGCGACCCUGUGAGAGCGUCUAUUAAACAUGAUUAUAGUAGACUCCUUCUUGGUGACAGCUGUGGAGCUGAUGCUCUAUGAACACAUGGGCUGUGCCUAUAUGUCCUGCACAAUGCACGCCUAGUUCUCCUGACAACAUGUCCCUACAAAAGCUGCUCUGCAGGGGCGGCGCCCUCUCUGCUGGACUCCAGAGCUGCAGGUCCUGCUCCUCCCCCUCCGCCAGGCGCUUGCGGGUAUUGGUGGAUAUGGACGGGGUGCUGGCGGAUUUUGAGGGCGGUUUCUUAAAGAAGUACAGGGCUCGAUACCCCAAAGAGCCUUACAUUGAGCUUGAAGAUCGCCGAGGAUUCUGGGUAUCAGAACAGUACGGUCAUUUGAAGCCAGGACUCUGCGAGAAAGCCGUCAGUAUCUGGGAAUCCAGGAAUUUCUUCUUAGAUUUGGACCCUAUUGAAGGUGCAGUGGCGGCUCUGAAAGAAAUGUCCAACUCGCCUAACAUUGAUGUCUUCAUAUGCACCAGCCCUAUAAAACGAUACCAAUACUGUCCAUACGAGAAGUAUGCCUGGGUGGAGAAGCACUUUGGACAUGAGUUUCUGGAGCAGAUUAUACUAACCAGAGAUAAGACUGUGGUUUCUGCGGAUCUUCUGAUUGACGACCGGACAGAUAUUACUGGGGCAGAACCGAACCCCAGCUGGGAACAUAUCCUCUUCACAGCAUGCCACAACCGCCAUCUGCUAGUGACCCCACCGUCCAGGAGGCUGCAGUCCUGGAGUGAUGAUUGGAAGGGAAUACUGAAUAGCAGACUGUCUCAGCUGGUCACAGGAUGCAGGGAGACCUGUCAGUCAGAGCUCAAAGAUUAACCAAUCAGAACAAAGCAAUAUAUAAUUAUAUAUUGGCUAAUACAGUGAAUUAUAAUAAACCAUUGUACCACUGGGGAUGGAAACGUUUAGACCACCCAGUACCAAAACAUUUCCCCAGAUGUGGAAACGGGAGGGAAUAAGUAUUUUAUUUUCCUUACAUGCUCAAUGUAAUCUCAGAUGAUUUUCUCUUCAUUAAUUGUUAAACAGUACCAGUCACCAAUAAGCCUACACAGCGGACUCAGGCAGUCUGUAGGCCGAACCAAUAUUCAUGAAACCACAGCCUAUAAAUUGAUAAGGUACUAUAGUAUCAUCAUCGAUGCACUCCAGGCCAAAUAUUUAUUUACAGUAUAAGGUACAGACUCCAAGGGUGGAAUGUACUGAGGUCAGAAAUGCAACCAAAACUUAGAAAAUGCCAUGAUCUGAAAGGAUAACUCUUAUCGGGAAAGCUGUCCUUUAGGAUACUAAUUAGGUACAUAUCGGUGCCAUACCUGUUAAGUGGCCAUAUGUAUCGCAUUUCAGAUGCCAUGCGUAGUACAUUCUGCCCUAAGUGAUUUGAUUAGAUGACAGUCUCAUGAAUGUUGGUUCUGCCCACAAAAUGGCUGCCUCCGCUGAGAGAGAGAAAAAGUACUCAAUAUAACAGUAGCUAAAGGCAGCAUUUUGUACAUUUUUUAAGUUCUUCAUGGUUUUAGUCAAGUGUUUAUGCAUACAGUAAAUAUCUGUUAGAUAUAUUUAACCACUUACAGACCAGAACAGUGUCCCUCGUUCUGACUGGACUAAUGUUCACGUGAAAUUUGCAAUGUCAGUGCCUUUUUCUGUUGUGUCGCAACAAGUCUAUAACUGAGCUUAGUGCGUGGCGCCCAUGCAGAGUAGCAAAUAUGUGGGGAAGCUGUAUCAAGCAGUAAAAUUAGUGGAGAAGUUGCCCAUAGCAACCAAUCAACUUUGAGGUAGUAUUGAUAAAAUGCAUUGUUGCUAUGGGCAACUUCUCCACUGGCCCACUUCUCCAUUCUUUUCGCUGCUUGACAUAUUUCUCCAUGGUUUAAAAACUGUGAAAGAGUCAAAAGAAGGCAGGACUUUUUAUUUUUUUAAAUGUCGGGCUAUGGUGCUGCCUAAGAAGAUGUAGAAUUUUUAUUUUUUACACAUUUUAUUUAUUUAUUGAAAUACUGCAAAAUACAUUUAGGGACUAGGGCUGGUAUCCAAUUAGCUUGGUAAUUUACCACAGCUAAUGGAUUCGGCAGGGCUAUUCAAUUAGCCCCAAUCCCCGCCAUUAUGCUUCAGGUGCCCCAGGCACCCGAAACAUAAUCCCUGAUAAGAGACCCUUUUUUCCGCGAUAACACAUGGGUCCGGAUACUUAUUCUGGAUCCCAUGUGUUUUUGGGUUAAUGACCAUCGGUAAAAAAUCGCCCUUUUUAUCGGCCAAAACAUUAGUGCAUCUAAUUAAAUACUCUGCCAGUUCUUCAUAUAACAUGUGAUGUGGUUUUAUGCAUAUUACUGUAUGUAUAUAAUCUAGUACCGAAUAGAGAUGCUAUAAUUAUGUAAAUUAUUCAGAGGUUAAAAGACGUUAAACGGUGAAAUGUUGCCUUUUCUGUCUGACGAGUUUAAAGUUUUAUAGUAUUUAACUUGUUUUUAUUUCAAAUGGCGAAAGUAACAGUGUUCCAAGUUCCAGUUAAUCAUUGCAUGUGGAGGCGUUAAAAACUGAUAUAGUCUGAUUUAGUCAAACCCGUUAACCUUGCUUUAAUUUGGCGCUAAGUCUAAAGUUAUCUAAAGUUCAAGAAUUUAGCUCAAAUUUUCAUACCAGUUCAACAAACCAGUAUGAAACCAUUUUUAGAAGUUACUGUAGUGAAAAUAUUAAUUCUAUUUUAUCUGAAUACUGUGAUAACGAUAUAGAACUGUGAUAUUAUUCUUCACACUGGUACAGUUGGAAAGUACACUGUGUAUUCCAGCUCACUGUAAUAGACUUUAGUUCCUUAGCCAGUGGAACAAAGGGUGUGGAUCGUUGGGUCUACAGUAACUAGGUCUCGACAGUCGUCAGGCCGACCACUAUUGGUAGACAGUGACUAGGUCGACACCUGAAAUAGGUCGACACGGUCAUUAGGUUGACAUGAGUUUAAAAAGAAAAAAAAUUGGUGUCGUCUUCUUCAUAAAGUGACCGGGAACUCCUAUUAGUGCACCAUGUCCCCUCGCAUAGCUCGCUUUGCUCGCCAUGCUUUGGGCAAGGUGCCUCCGUCCGCUACUGCAGUGCACGGCACAGGUUACUAUCCCCAAUCGUAGUCCACGUGGAUCAUAAAGGGUGGGAUGUACUAAAGUAAAAAUGCGGUAAAACCCCCGUUUUCGGGGGUUUUUACCGCAUUUUCAAAUGUACUAAGACCCCACCGCCAGUUUUUCGCCGUCCAGGGUAUCGCCAUCUCUGGAUGGCGAUUCCCUAUAGAAGCCUAUGGGCUUCUUAUUGCCAACCACCGCAACCUGCCGUCCCCGCCGCAGACGCCGACCCCCCUCACCCCGGCAUACCUUCCUCCAGGCUGCCCUGGUCCCGGAAGGUAGUCUCCUCCCCCUAGCAACGCAGCCGGAGGUCCUUCCGGGUGCAGGGGGGAGGAGGAGGAGCAGGGAGCAGCCUGCUGCUGCUUCCCGACGUGGGAGAAGUGUGGAGACCCCUGGGAGGUGGGAGGUGACGGAGACCCCCCACAGACCACCUCACAGGUAUCGCAGGGGGCCUCCAUCACCGCAUUGCGAUAUUGAUUGCAUAUGUUAGUACAUAUGCAAUCAACAUCGCUGCGAUGCGUGGCGAGGGGCGGCGAUUUAUCUUAAUACAUCCCGCCCAAAGUAUGAAAAAGUAAAAAAAGUUUUUAAAAAAGUGAAAAACUCAUGUCGACCUAAUGCUUGUCGACCAAUAGUGGUCGACCUAAUGAGUGUCGACCAAAGUGUUGCCGACCCGGAUACAGGAACACAAAUGUCCGGCCCAUUUUGUCACAACAAUAUAAGUAAAUGAUACUCUAAAGGUAUUGCCAACUUUCUGGACACAAAGCUCUUUUUCUUCAGUGUCAAACAACUGGUAACAUCUAUUGAAUUCGAUGGGUUCCCAGCCAACCAAUCAGAUUCUAACAAUCAUUUUCUAUGACGUAAUUAUUAAUGAUAUCUAGAAUCUGAUUGGAUGCAAUUGGCUUUUCCUUUUUAGGAAGUUUUAUAAAUCUUCCUCAUGUUCCUAGUAAAUGAUAGCCUGCUAUGUUAUAAAUAUUGUUUAUGCCUAUAAGAUGGCCGCCUCCACUGUGGAGAUGGGCAAACACACUUAUAUAAAAUACCCAGAUGGCAUUAAUAAGAAGGAACGAGUUUAAAAUCUGUAAUACUUGGGGGAAAAUGCAUCACAGCUUGGAGAGAGACAAAGCGGAGAGAGAUAAAGUACCAACCAAUCAGCUCCUGUCAUUUUUCAAACACAGCAGUCUAUUCAUGAAGCAGUGAAAAGAGUGGAGAAGUUGCCUAUGGCAACCAAUCAGUGUUGAGGUAACAGUUAUAGAGUGCAGCUGAUUGGUUGCCAUUGGCAACUUCCCCAGUGGCACACUUCUCCACGCGUUUCACUGCUUCAUGAAUAGACCCCACAACCUGUAACAUGGCAGCUAGGAGCUGAUUGGUUGGUAAUUUAUCUCCGCUUUAGCUCUCUCCAAGCUUUGAUACAUCUCCCCCUUGGUGCUUAUUGAUGUUUUCACUAAUGUGUCCUAUUUUAAAAUGGAGGUUAUUACAAGUAACAUCUCUGCACCAUUACCUCUAUAAAUGCCCACAUCUUCAUGACUUUAUAUGGCCAUCAGACCCCUAACUGACUACUAAUAUAGAUAUAUAUUUAACAGUAGGGAGAUACUGUGUUCCCUACAUUUUACUGAUAGGUAGCCACCAUCAUAUCAACACCAUAUCCAAGUUCACUUUACCGAUAUACAAAUACACUUAUACACAUCAUGCCUGGUGCAACGCAAGUGGACAUUUUGGUGCUGUAACCCUCAUAUAACAUUGCCACUGACUGCACACUUACCUUGCAUAAGUCCGGCAACACUCAGUCAUGACACAACGCAAAGUUAGGGAGCCUGGUUUAUUGUUGUGCUGGCUCCACAUUAUUUUAGGACCUUUGUGAGAAGUUACCUCAUAUGUACAGUAUUUUUGUGUCUUUCCUUUCUUCCACUUUAAAGCGGACCUCUAAUAUGCCCAAAGUAAGUCGCUUACCACAAAAUGGCUGCUCCCACUGUGAGUGAGUGACCGGUGCACUUUAAUAUUUUUGUGUGUGAUGAUAAAUUCUGUGAAUUAUAAUAGAGGAUCAGUUCUGUGUAAAUAAACUUGAAAGUCAAGUAACAAAA